AUGGUGUUCUUGGGAGCUGCUUACAGACUGACCCUAUUAGUUGCCGUAGAGAACUACGAAAAGACUGGGUGUACACGUGUGUACUUAACGGCCAUAGGCGGUGGUGUCUUUGGUAAUAAACCGGAGUGGAUAUGUGAAGCAAUGCGUAUCGCGCUGAUUGAGGUUUCGCAUGUGUCGUUGGAAGUGUUCUUCGUCAGCUACGGGCGCAGUGACCCAUUAUAUAGUGUUCUGAUGAGGGAUAUGUCCGUUUGA